AGCCGCCGCCGCGGCCGGGCUGAGGCGGCCCCGGCGGCUGGGCCGGAGCUGGGGCCGGGCCCCCGCCCUCGCCGCCUGCGGGAGCCGGGACCGGAGCCUGGGCGGCGCUGUGUGAGGGCGCCGGGGCUGCCAGCUUCCCCGGCCGGCGGGAGGCGAGGGGCGCGGCGCCGGGCCCUCGGUGAGCAGUGAGGCGGGCUGGCGGCCAGCUGCGCGCCUUCGUCCCCUUUCUUCGCUCUGGCUUCGUUCUCUUAACUGGCUCUCUUGGGUUUUUCAAAGGCCGGUAAAGUUUAAAACACAAGGGAUCCCUGUAACUGCUCUGUCCGUCGUGCGUAUAAUCUUAUUUUUCGUACUUUGUGGCUUUACGACUUUUCACAAGUAGCUGAUCCCUCUCACGUCGGCCAUGACAGGUGUCUUGGGAUCUUUGUUUUGUUCUGUCAGUAGCAAUGGCUUCAGGAACAGCGCUGAUUUAUGAUGAGGAAAUGACCACUCACAAACUGCUUUGGAGCGAUCCUAUUUGUGAUAUUGAAGUGCCAGAAAGACUGUCAUCCUCCUAUGAGCAGCUUAAAUGUUACCAUCUUGUGGAAAGAUGUGUCCAGGUGCCUGCCAGAGAAGGAAGCGAAGAGGAGAUCCUGUUGGUUCACAGUUCAGAACACUUGGAAGUGGCGAAAAGCACCCAGACAAUGAAUGAAGAGGAACUGAAAAGAGUCUCUGGAAAUUAUGAUGCUUUUUUCUUUCAUCCGAACACUUACUGCUGUGCCAGACUAGCAGUAGGAGCAACUUUGCAGCUGGUGGAUGCUGUGAUGUUGGGAAAAGUGUGCAACGGAAUGGCAUUAGUAAGACCUCCAGGUCACCACAGCCAGAAGAAUGCAGCUAAUGGGUUCUGUUUGUUCAACAAUGUUGCUAUUGCAGCAGAAUAUGCAAAACUGAAAUACAGUCUGCAGAGAAUCCUGAUUGUUGACUGGGAUGUGCACCAUGGGCAAGGAACUCAAUAUAUAUUUGAAGAGGAUCCAAGUGUUCUGUAUUUUUCCUGGCAUCGCUAUGAACAUCAGGAAUUCUGGCCUUCACUCAAAGAAUCUGAUUAUGAUGCUGUGGGACUGGGAAGAGGAAAAGGUUUUAAUGUAAAUUUGCCUUGGAAUAAGGUCGGGAUGGAAAAUUCAGAUUAUCUUGCUGCAUUUUUCCAUGUGUUGCUUCCAAUGGCUUUUGAGUUUGAUCCUGAACUGGUUAUUGUCUCUUCUGGAUAUGAUUCUGGAAUUGGAGACCCUGAAGGUCAGAUGAAUGCCACUCCUGAGGUUUUUGCCCACCUUACUCAUUUCCUGAUGCAGUUGGCUAAUGGAAGGCUGUGUGUCAUCCUAGAGGGUGGGUACCACUUAAAAUCAUUGUCUGAAUCAGUCUGCAUGACUGUAAAAACUUUGCUUGGAGAUCCUGUACCUCAAAUAACUGGAGAAAUGGCACCUUGCCUGAGUGCUGUUGAAUCUAUUCAAAAUGUGAGAGCAGCACAUAAACCCUACUGGAAAUGGUUGAUGUAUGAAGACACAUCAUUUUUACAAAAUUUGAGCACCAAAUCACAUGUACUAAAGAAGCCUGAUCUGGAUCCCUCCACCGAAUAUGAAUCUAAGAUAAUUAAAGUCAAUGAAAUUGUCAAAGUAGAAAGGUUUUUGGAACUGCACAUGAAAAAUAUUCUGUUUCCAGUGCCUCCCAUCAAAACAGCAGCAACUGACUCUAAAGGUUCAGCACACUUACUCCCUGUACCUGUUCAUUUGGUGAAGGAAAUGGACAAAUCUGAAAUAAAAGCUCUUCUCAGUGGCUUUUAUGCAGACCUUGUGGAAGAGGACAAAAGUUUGCUGUCUCUUGGCAAUAUGUUGGUCAUCCUAGAUAAAAUACUUAAAAAGGAGGUAUGCAAUGGAAUUGCAGCAUCACCCACAGCUGCUGUUUCUGUUGCUGUUGCACUAAGACAUGCUGUUCGUUUUGGAUUUCAAAGAGUGCUUUGUAUAUUUGUGGGAGACAUGCAAAUCAUACCGAACACAGAAGAUGGAAAAAUACUCAUGAUACAUAUUUGUGAGAAAGAACAGUCUGAAAAGACCAGCUCCAAACACUAUAUUUCUCUAAACUGGAAAGAGGAUGCUGAAGGAAACGACUUCUUUGCUGCUGUACUUGGAUUCAUUCUUCCUGUAGCAUAUAGUUAUCAGCCUGACUUGACAGUAAUCGCUGUUGGACCAAAUAGGAGCCUUGGAAUCAGUGGGAUUUCUCUGCUUUUUGCUUUACUACAAGGAUUAGCUGAAUCUCGAAUUUUUGCUGUGAUUGAGGACACAGAGAUAACUUUAAUGCAAAGUGUAGCCAAAGUGUUAGUGGGUGCUUCUACACCUCACUUUGGAGUUUAUGUACCUCCUACCCAAGAAAAAGUAAAUAAAAUAAAAUUAUUGAGAGACCAGUUUCAGGAGGAAUGGAAAAUGCUUCAGUGUUCAGUGAAGGAUGGGAUUUCAAGAAAUUGAAUUCACUUCGGAAUCAUUUUACAUAGCAGAAGCAAAAGACAAUGUGUUGCCGUUCAUGUUGCCUUUUAAAUCAUCAGAACAAGAGAUCAUCAAUCUCUAAACAGAGUAAGAGCCAUUCACAAUUGUCUCCUGUUUUUAAAAAACUCAAAAUCAGUAUUUUCAGCUAGAGAAUUGUGCUUCUUGUUCAUGCUGGUUUUCGGCUGGAUGGGAAAUGAUACCCAGUCCUUGGAACAUCUUGAAAUGAAAAUUUAUUUUAAAAGAAACCAAACCCAAUGUCUAACAUUUUCACAGACAAAAGCGGAGGAACACGAACAUGUUCUGUUGCAGUUCAGAAUUUCUUUAAACUUAAUAUUCCCAAGAAGUAUUACUUCAGGUUGGAAACUGGGCAGUGGCCAGAUUUUGGCUUCAGAACUCUUCAGGAUGGGGGAUUUGUUGGUUUCUUCUUCUCUCCCCCAGACUCUCCCCUGAAAAAAAAAUUUUUUUUGACAAUUCAGCAUUUUCAAGGAAAAAACAUUUACUCAGAAGUAUCUCGUUCCCUUUUGCCUGCCUUUGUUCACCCGAAUUUCUACGUUGAAUGAUACCAAUGUUGUAUUUUGAUAUGUAUUUUUCUAAGAUCUUGAUCAAAAAUGUAUUAAAAAAUGAAUUAAGAGGAAAAAAA